GAGGCGCGGGGGGAAGCCCGCGGCGCCCGCCUCCAGGGGGCCCAGCCCCGCGCCGCCGCCGCCGCCGCCGCCGCCGCCGCCGCCGCCGCCCGCGAGGACGGGGUCCAGCUGCCGGGCGUCCGGGCGUCCCCGCGAGUCCGAGGCGGAGCCGGAGCGGGAGCGCGAGCAGGAGCCGGGCCGGGCGCGGUGGGCGCCGCCCGCCAUGGACCACAAGCCCCUGCUGCAGGAGCGGCCGCCCGCCUACAACCUGGAGGCCGGCCAGGGCGACUUCGCGUGCGGCCCGCACGGCUACGGCGCCAUCCCCGCCGCCGCCCCGCCGCCGCCCUACCCCUACCUCGUCACAGGGAUACCCACCCACCACCCCAGGGUCUACAACAUCCACAGUCGAAAUGUCACCCGGUACCCUGCCAAUUCCAUCGUUGUUGUUGGAGGCUGCCCUGUCUGCAGGGUCGGGGUUCUGGAGGACUCCUUCACCUUCCUGGGCAUCUUCUUGGCCAUCGUCCUGUUCCCCUUUGGGUUCAUCUGCUGUUUCGCCUUGAGGAAGCGAAGAUGCCCCAACUGUGGCGCCAACUUUACUUAAAGGGAACUCCACACGUGGCUUUCCUACUCCCAGCUCUCUUUUUCUAAUGUAAAUGUUGUGUACAAUAGCUUUAUUUGAUUAAUCUUCAGGACUGUUUUGUAAAGUGGUGGGUGGCUUGGGCGCCGCGAGGAGCCGGUUUCGGGGAGUGUGGACGCGCAGCAGCAGCACUGCUCCCAGGGUUAAUGACCGCUCAGUCAAGCACUGCUUUUAUUUUUUGCAGUCUUCAAUUUGAGAAAGGUGAGAAAUACUGUUUUAAAUAAAUGAGAUCCAUACCGUUGUUUA